AUGUCAGACAGUAAUCGUUUCGGCGACUAUAACUAUGGUUCCCAGGUGGGGACCAACAGGGGGACGAUCUACAAUACUUUCCCGCAGGCGCCAGAACGACCAGAAACCCCGCCGCGGCCAUUCGCGACCAUUCCCUUCUCCCGCGAUCCCGAUUUUGUCGACCGCGGAGACAUUCUCGAGCAAAUCGACCGGCGAUGUUCCGAGCCCGCCGCUCGUGUGGCCCUCGUCGGCUUGGGCGGUAUCGGCAAGUCGCAGCUGGCCAUCGAGUUCGCUCACCGGAUCACUGAAAAGCAGCCGGACAUAUGGGUAUUCUGGGUUCACGCUGGAAUGUAUGAGCGCGUCGAGGAUGGCUUCAGGACGAUUGCCAACACCGUCAAGCUGGCCGGCCGGAACGAGCCCAAGGCCAACAUCCCACAGCUUGUGUACAGCUGGCUGUCUAACGAACGGAACGGCAGAUGGAUCAUCAUCCUUGACAGCGCUGACGACCGCGAUGUGUUCUACAACGCGAAUAUUGCCCACGGUACGACCAGCGGCAAUGAGCGCGAGAGGCGGCCGUUUGCGACAUACUUACCGCAGAGCCAAAAUGGAUCGAUUAUUGUCACAACACGUAACAGGGAUUUAGCAUUCAGACUGACCGGGCGCCGUCAAAAUAUUAUCGAAGUCGGACCGAUGGCGCAGACAGAUGCCCUCACACUCCUGGAGAAGAAGCUAGGAUCGCCCGCGGAUCUAGAGGUGGCGGCCGAUCUCGUACAGGCGCUCGACCUCAUUCCGUUGGCCAUUAGCCAGGCUGCCGCCUACAUACAGGCAAGGGCGCCGCGGAGCUCGCCCGAGAAGUACCUAGCAGAGUUCCGGAAGAGUGAGCAUAGAAAGAGCAGUCUUUUACAGUACGAUGCUGGGGACCUACGACGGGAUGAAGGCGCAUCAAGCGCGGUUCUUAUCACAUGGCAAAUAUCCUUUGACUACAUCCGGUCUAAGCGGCCGUCUGCGGCGGAUCUCCUGUCACUUAUGAGCUUUUUCGACCGGCAAGGUAUCCCUGGGUGGGUUCUAAAACCUCCUAGAGUUACUAAAGAGGAGAUACCAGGACGGUGUCUAUACGGGGCCCGAGAUACAGACGUUGAUAACGGCAGAAGUGUUACAGAUGGUGCCGCAUAUGGUAACAUGGAUGGUGACACAGAUGGUGACCUUACAGAUGAUAGUGCAGAUACUACUGAUGAUGGAUUCGAAGAUGAUGUGGCGAUACUGAGAGACUACUGCCUCAUAGCGACGACUAAGAUGGACGAGUUUGAAAUGCACGGGCUUGUGCAAUUCUCGACGAGGAAGUGGCUGGAACAAGCGGGGCAGCAGGAGACGUUCAAACAGAAGUUUAUCGAGCAAAUGGCAGCCUCAUUCCCAACUGGAGAGUAUAAGAACUGGGCGACUUGUCGAAAUCUCUUCGCACACGUUCAAGUGGUCUUCGGUUACCGACCCAGCGAAAAUAGGGAGGAAAUAUGGGCAACGCUUUUGCAUAAUGGGGGUUGGUUUGCAUGGUCGCAAGGAAGAUACGAAGUAGCACAGCAGAUGGCAGGCAAGGCGAGAAGAGCCCGCGAGAAGAGACUAGGAAAAGAGGAUGCGGCGACUCUAGAUAGCAUGUCACUGUUUGCUCUAGUCCUUUUGAACCGAGGCCGGUGGGAGGAGGCCGAGAAGCUGUUUGUGCAGGUGAUGGAGACGAGCAAGACCAAGCUCGGGGCCGAUCACCCUUCUACGCUGACGAGCAUGGGCAACCUAGCGUCGACAUACAGCAACCAGGGCCAGUGGGAGAAGGCCGAGAAGCUGUUUGUGCAGGUGAUGGAGACUCGCAAGACCAAGCUUGGGGCCGAUCACCCAGAUACGCUAACGAGCAUGGCGAACCUAGCGUCGACAUACAGGAACCAGGGGCGGUGGGAGGAGGCCGAGAAGCUGGAGGUGCAGGUGAUGGAGACGAGCAAGACCAAGCUCGGGGCCGAUCACCCUUCUACGCUGACGAGCAUGAACAAUCUCGCUUUUACUUGGAAAAGCCAAGGUCGACAUUCAGAUGCCUUAGCACUGAUGAAGGACUGCGCCCAGACUUGUCAGCGACGACUUGGUGUACAGCAUUUAUACACACAGUCAUCUUUGGCCACCAUCGCCGAGUGGAGUAGCUAG